GGCACGUUUUCCUCUUCCCCUCUUCCCUUCCCCUCCCCUCCAGCGGGUACCCGGGGAGAGACGCCGGCGGCCGGCCCGACGCUGCCAGCCAGUUGCUGUCUCGAUCUUGUGACGGAAAGACGUGUUUUUCUUAGACCUGAAACUAAACCUUUGCUAUGGAAACUUAUUAAUAUACCAGUGAUCUCCAGGAUGUAUCAUCAUUGCAAAAGACGACAUUGAACUACAAAUUGGAAAUCGUCCCGUCUUUUAAACUGGUAUGUGUCCGCCUUCCGCCUCUCCAUCAAGGCAGAGCAAGUCGCAGUCCCCGGCGCAGCGCCACGCUUUCGGCCCCGCGGAUCGACGGAUCGAGUUCGCUUGGAGGCUGCAACAUGUACGACUCUGCGGACGACCACAACACAGCCGAGGGGACAAACGAAAUGACAGGCAGGAUACAGAGGCAUGAAGAACUUCCUUCCCACUGACGUCAUUAUGAGGCUGCGCCACUGAUCCUCGCCGCCAGGUCAGGUCGUGCCCGCGGUCGUCCCGAACCGCCAUGAUGGUCGCCAAGAUGAAGAGGGGACCCUGCUGCGGCGUGGCGCUGCUCGCCUCCUUCUGCAUCGUCUACGCCGCCGUUGGCACGUGGCCAAGGAAGAGCGCAACGGAAGUGCCGAUCACAGAACAGGUUCCUGUGGAGGCUGAGGUAGUUCCGGAGAAGCGCGCGUUCGUGAACUUUCCUCGGCCGUCUGAGACUCUGAGCGAGAGCCUCCCCUUCCACUACUUCGACUCCUCGCAGAGCUACCAGACGGAGGGCGUGACCGGCCGCGCCCUUUCGCGCCACGAGCUCGAACUCCUGCAGCCCGUGAAGGAGGCGGCGACGCAGCACCUCCGCCAGCUCCACCCACAGGCCGCCUUCGUCAACGGCAGGUACCGUUGGCUCCCCAGCGGCGCUGAGUUCGACCUGUACUUCGAGGAUUCUUCGGCCGGAGUCAGUAGCAGGAUCACCUUGUACCAGAAACUCGAAGGCCCGAAGGUCAUCAACGCCUUCGCCGUCGACCAGCACGCGCAAGUGAACAUUAUUGUGCCCUUAAAGGGACAUGUAUCCAAGUAUACUACAUUCUUGGACCAUUUAGUGAGGAAUGUUGUGCCACAUGACCCCAACCUCUCCCUGACUGUGGUCUACUUUAGUGAUUCAUAUAUUUCUGAAGUACGGAACCUCACCACAAAGAGACUUGAGGGCUUACCAGAUUUCAAGUGGUCUUUCAUUCCUGUGGAUGAGAAGGAAUUUUCACGGGGUCAUGGCUUGCAUAUUGGAGCCCAAAACACAGAAAUGAAGGACAAAGGAGAGCUUCUGUUUUUCUGUGAUGUUGAUGUUCUCAUGCACCAUGAUUUCUUCACCCGUUGCAGAAGCAAUACAAAGAAAGGAUAUCAGGUUUACUAUCCUGUUGUGUUCUCACUCUACAACCCUAAGUUAGUAUAUCCACUCUUUGACAAGAGUAUACCUCCCAUAAGUGAACAGCUGGUUGUAGAAGUACAAUCAGGGUUCUGGCGUACAUUUGGGUUUGGGAUGGCCUGUAUGUAUCGCUCAGAUUAUGAAAUAUCUGGAGGUUUCCCAGAUAUACGCAGUUGGGGAGGAGAAGAUGUGGCCCUUUAUGAAAAGUUCCUCAAAAUGAAAGAUAUCAAGGUAAUCCGUGCUCCAGAUCCAAGUUUAUUCCACCUGUAUCAUCGUAAAGUAUGCUCAGACACCAACAGUGUGUCUUACCCAGCUUGCUUGAAAUCCAAAGCAGUGACAGAAGGAUCCCAACUCCAGCUCGGCCUGUCUUUAAUUAAGCUCCAUGAAGGAAUCGAUCUUGAGGGUAUUUUGUCUAAAAGGUCCAAGAGAAGACUGGUGAAACCGACCAGUCAGCAGUUAUGUGGCCAGAAUGAUACAAGCAGGAGGUUCUAUUACUUCUGGCUUAUUCCCUAUCUUGGAGGUCUUCUCAUACUGUCCCUUCUCAUCAACUUGGUCCAAGCCAUUGUUAUUCUUAAUAGACGAUCACAGAAUUAUAGGAAAAUGUAGUUUCAUUAUAAAAUUUAGGGGUAAGCUCAGGGCUUUAAAUAUCCAUUCAACAAGAGAAUGGAUAUUUAAAGCACAAAGCUUACAUGUGGUUAUAUAAAUUUAUAUUGUGUUAUAUCAAACCUCAAAUUUAUUUUUUCCUAAAUUAAUGUUUUAAUGUAUUCUUUGUCUCAGUUUAGUUCAUUCUUUAUCUAUGUCUACUUGCCUAUAGGUGUAUCUACACUGGUAGCGAGCAAGCAUGAUGCAGGCGAAUGCAGGAAGUGUUUAUAGAUAAUUUUUUCUGCUCGAAUCUUACAUUUCAAGCAUUUACUCAGUGAGGAUACAUGAAAGAAUCAAUAAAGAAAAAGCUCAUUCAGUUAACUCAUUAAAAAGUUGGUUCAUAGAGGAUCAACAAAAGAACCAACUCUUACCCUCUCCUGCCUGCCUGUACAUGUUUGUGGUAAUUGUGGACACAGCCCAGGUCUUAAUAAGUAAAAGAAAAAGGUCUGAAAAAUCAUAUGUGAUUUUCAAGUUCAUAUGAGAUCUUUGAAAAAAGGAGAGACCUUCCUGUGAUGUCAUAUGUAAAUGAUAGUGAAUGGAAAAAAAAUUAUAAUAAGGAUCACUGCAUUACUAUAACAGAAAUGGAAACUAUAGGUUUCUUGAUAUAGUAUGUACUUUCACUAGUGAGGGAAUCAACUAAGGCAUGGUUGCCUAGAAAGUCAGAAUUAGUAUUCAGUAUUAUUAAAAGGUAAUCAUACGGGUUUGUUUGGCAUGUGACAAAGACAGGAUAUACUGCCUGUGUGUGUGUGUGUGUGUGUGUGUGUGUGUGUGUGUGUGUGUGUGUGUGUGUGUGUGUGUGUGUGUGUGUGCGUGUGUGUGUGUGUGUGUGUGUGAGUGAUUAUGCCAAAAGAAAGGAAAAUUGUUUUGACUCAGAUGAUAAGCAUUUCAUGAUUUCAGUGUUGAAAGGACUGUGAUUAAGUAACAGUUUCAUUAUUCAUUUUUAUCAUUCUUCCUUUCUUCUGCCUGUGUUUCUUUCUUUGCAGUUCAUAACGUGAAUGAGUGAAAGACUUGUGAACACUUCCUUCCUUUUAUGAGUCUUUGUAUACCCCUCCCGCCUCAGAUAUUAGUGUACCCAUUGGCACAAAAUAUCUAAAUGAUAAAGAGAACGUAAUAGCAAAUAUAUAUACAUCAAUCUCUUAGGAAGAGGACUCAGGUGCCUCUGGAUAUGAAUAGAAAUUUUGGGUGCCAUCCAACCUGAUGGUGUAUUGACAGAGCAGAAGGGCCUCUGUAAUCAUAUUACGUCUGUCCCAAACAUUUGUGGCUUGGUUUUGCACCCACAUGCCGCAGCCUCUUGGCCAACUUAACUGCUGCCUCGGCCUGGCUAUUUGAUUGUGCAUAAUGGGCAGAGGAUGUUAUCAUCACAAUGCCCCACCUGAUCAAGAGCUUGCACAUCUUGUCACUAGUCAGGUGGCACUCUGACUUUUGUGACAGACGCACCCACAUAGUUUGUGUGUGCUUUCUUUUUUUAUGCACCCUAACUUUGUGUAAGAAAUUAUAUGAUUUUGAUUUUGUGCUUAUUUACUAAGUAAUUGAUGUACACUUAUUUGCUGUUAUGUCCUUAUUAUUUUAAAAAUUUGUGUCAGUUGAUAUGCCCUCUAGUACACCCCAUCAUGGUUAGCGUCCCUUGGGUUGCCUCAAAUGCCAUGCAGUGUUCAUUAAAUGUCCACAUCACUGAAAUAUAAUUGAAAAUAGGUUCAUUGCACUAUGAAUGCUGGCUGUGUAUUUAUCCCUCUAAUUUUACUUCUCAUAUGUAGCUUCAUUCAUUUGCAGACUUUCAGAUAGCUUAAAUGAUGUUGAAACAAAAAGGUCUUCAAUAUUCAUAUGUAGAGAGUCUUAUAUGUUGUCUUCAAAGUAUCCAGGUAUCGAAAACAGCAAUAUUGUGGGGCAUAUUGUUUCCACCACUGAACUGUUAUAUUUGUUGCCUUUAAUGGAUAAAAAGAAGAAGCAGAAAAAUGUACAUUACAUCCUUACUUCCAAACUCUUUGGUCUUGUAUCAAAUUUUCCUUUCUUCUUUUUUAUCAUCCCCAUGGGUGUCAUAGUAAAUGACAUAUCAAUCAUUUCAUCUUGUCAUAAGGCAGAUCAGAUUCACAUUAACAUUCUUUAAACAUUUGUUAGCAAGUUACUUAAUCCAGCUCAUUAGUUACUAAGUACUUUAAGAUCAACUCUAUAUAUAAGACCAAAGAUUACAUGUAAGGAUUUCUGUGCAAUAUACAAGUUUGUUUAUGUAUGCCUUUAUAUAUGUUGACACAUGCUUACUUGAAUAUAUGGGUGUGGCUGUGUAUGUUUGUUGUGAAUGAAUAAUGUUGAACAGUUCAUGGCCCCUCUGUAGAAGAUGAAAAAAGAAUCCAGUGACAUACUGAAUGAGUCCUUUGGAAAGACUUCUAUGGUGCAAAGCAGCAGUUUAGAAUAAACUGUUUGUUUAACUACUUAGCAUAAAAGGCUUCACCUGUUGAAAGUUUCAGACCUAGAAACAAACAGUCAUGUGUUUUUCUUGAAAUGAGUAAGGUGGGCAUAGGUCACAUAGACUCAACUGCAGGUUUUGUAGAUUGCCACCUUUUCUGGUCUUGUAGGAAUAGUAGGGGUCCUACUCACAGCGCUAAAGAGGCACAAACUCAUACAAGCAUAUGAGUGCAUACAUGCAUGCUUGUUUUUCUUUUGUGUCUGGGUGGCUAUGUACAUGCAUGCAUGUGCAUGUUUCUCGAUACACUAUGUCAGCUAAAUUAGGGAAAAUAAUUUAAAAUGUAAUGACAAUAUUCAUGUGACUCAAGUGAAGUGUAAAGGAUGAUGCAUUAUAACUGCUUGUUAAACAUUUAAAUGCAAGACACAAUAAUACUAUAUAGGCUACACCCACUUUAAUAUCAAAUGCUGCCCAUACUAUCACUUAAUUACUGUAUUAUUGAAAAAAAGUUUCUUUUGGAGAAGAACUGAGAUGCUUAAUAAUAAAUGUCUAGACAACUUUUUAGUGUUGAGGUGAAGUUUGGGUCACUUUCAUGGUAGUAAACAUUUUGUAAAACAUUAGUUAUGGAUAUAGGCAUAAGUGAUAUUUCUCUAAAAAUCUUCUAUAAUCAAACUAAUGAACUUUAAGAGGAAGUAAAUGGGUAAAUACAUUCCAUUUGUUUGUGUAUCAACUGAAGUGUCACUUUUCAAAUGUCAUUUUGAUAUCUGUAUUUUUUCCUGGUGUAUUUAAUCUCUGUGUAACUGAAAUGUCUCAUGUUUGUUUCUCUCUGAUGCAGACAGUAUUUAUGAUCUAAAUGCAUAUAUGUUUAUGUAAGAGUACAAGGCUGCAUUUUGUGUGUGCAUGUAUGUGUGAGUUUAUGUGCUUAUGAGUGUGCAUGUGUGCGCAUGUGCAUGUGUAUGGGCAUGUGUAUGUGCACACUUGUACAUACACAUAUUACAUAUUUAUUUUAAUACCUAUCUGUGAUGCAGGUUAGUAAAAGUGUAUUACUUGUGCCAAUUCUAGUAAUCAGAAAUUAUGCAAGAAGUAAAUUACUUGUAUAUUUCAGUGUUACAAGUACACUGAGAAUUAUCACAAUUUGAAAACAUAAUCUAUAUCAUUGUGUAUGCUUGCUUGUUCAUAUAUUUGAUGAUUUUAUAUUUUAUGUGCCUCUAGUGAUAAAAACAUGAUUUUUUUACAGAAUUAUUAAUGCAACUCCAUUAUAUUAAAAGCAAGCAUUCUCAAUAAUAAUUUUGUUCUGAUUACUUUCUUUAUUUUGAAACAUCAAUAACUACCAUCACCAAUAUUCAGCUCAGGAUGAUUCAAUACAAUUUGGAGUAUCAAGCUUUCAUUUUGUCUUUUGUUGUAUGUGCAAACAAUAUUGAAAUAAACCAUGUGGUACAA